UUGAAAUGUUUGUACCCUAACUCGCAUUUGCGUAAUGUGUUUGUAUGUCAACCUGGAAAAGAUAUUAUUAUCACAACAUUAAAUGUCGCUGGGCAUUACGCGGUCAAAUCAUUCACCUCUCACCCAACUGGAUGCAAUCCAGAGAAUCUACUGGAAAUUAAUAAAAUACAUGUAUUUUAUUAUCACAAACAGGACAAGAGAAUGCAAAUAUGUAUAAAAUAAAUGUACGCAAUAAAGUACCCAACGUGCCAAAGUACUAUACGUCAAAAAACUAACAGUACUGCAGAUGUAAACAGUUAGGACUAUUAUAAAGAUUAACAUGACGUCAAGCUGUGAUUUCAUGUCAAGCAUGUGAAUUAAAUUCAGGUCAAAAUUAAAGGUGUCCUUAUUGAGCAGCUAUAAAGGACUAUAAGUCCUUUUUCAAUUAGAAUUCAACAUUAUUUUAAACAUUAACAACGUGCAAUAGAUGUCAAUAGAUGUCAAUGUUGUAGUACUCGAUUCCGGACCAUUUUUGAUGUCUUGGUGAUAUGUUGGUCUCGACAACAACACUAAAUGUCAUUGAGAAAGUUGUGCUUUAUCGCAAAAAUCAGAUAGUAAUGCAAUCAUUCAUAAAAUGCUCCCACUUUUAUUAUAGAUGUUAUCAAAACUACAUCACACGAGUCGACUGAAGUGAUGUAUGAAAUACAAACUAUUUAAAAAUACACAUAAUAACACAUUGAACAUUGCGGCAAAGUAGAACGUCUCGAGACUGCUCCCUUGAGGACAACGAUAGAAACACAAAUCCUGUUUCCUACACAAUAAGUUAAUGAGCUAUAGAAGUCAAAUAUGUGUCCUGAGCCAGUUUGAACUGGAAGACUGAGCUGUUAUUACCGUCAACACAUAUACAUAUUAUUGCUUUUUUAACGUGCUAUUCAAAACUUCGAGUAUGGUGCAAACUUCAAAUAAAGUUAGAUUCACCCUGAUGAAAAUAACAUUUUCAUUUGAACUGAUUUAGAAUCUUACAAAUAUAAACUAAUACUUAGGGGACAUGUACAGUUUUUUUAUUCUCAAAUGUUUGGAAACAUAUUUCAGGCAGUUAACACAUGACGUGAGUCAAUAAGAUGAACAUAUGUGACCCUCGAUCAUAAAACCAGUCAUUUUUAGUGAAAGACAAAAAUACAUUGUGAGGGUCAAAAUUAUCGAUUAUUCAUUAAUGCCAAAAAUCAUUAGGGUGUUAAGAAAAGAUCAUGUCCCAUGAAAAUAUUUUGUAAAUUUCCUAUCUUAAAUAUAUAAAAACUUUAUUUUGUACAUGGAUGGCCUGCCACAGUGCCCCUGAUUAACCACUUUAGAGGCAAUUUUCUCAAUAUUUAGAUUUUUUUGCUCCCUCUCAGAUUCCUGAGUUUAAAACGGUUGUAUCUCAGCCACAUAAUUCCUAUUCUAACAACUCACACAUCAAUAGAAAGCAUAUUUAUUCAGCUUUCAGAUUAUGUAAACAUCUCAAUUUUGAAAAUUGACCCAUAAGCCUGGUUUUGUUGUCCAGGGUCACAUAUAUCUAGAAUAGAUGUUAUACGAUAAGAAUAUAAUUUGAAGAAUUUGAACAGUUUAUUUGAAGAUUAAUGUUUUAUCAAUAUUUUACUACAUCACAGUUUUAUUGACAUCCCUAGUUCAAGUUUGUAUUACCUAACAGGUCAACCAUAGACGCAUGAAGAUUUUGAGCAGCGUCAUCUUGUGAAAGAGGAGAAGACCGUCUGUUGCAUGAGAAGCUCUCGUGUGGCGUGCAUUGUGUGCCAGCACAUGCCUGUGCUCUUGUUUACAAAGUUGUUAUUUUAGGUUGUUUAUGAUUGGCCAGAAAUUCUUGCCAAUAGCGUCGUCAAAACACACUACACAGGGAAGACGUUAAAUGUCUUGAUAAUAGCAUUUUUAGAGGAAAAUGAAUAACAUAGAAUAUAUGUAUAAUAUGGAUUGGAUGAAAGAAUGAUGGAUCAAGCGGUGCACUAUGAAGUUUGGACGUGACCAUGAGAUUGUUUCAAUAAUUUGUAAACAUGGAUAAAACUGAUGCAAGGUGUGUUUGAGAAAUGUGCUCCAUUUGUCUUGCCGGAAGAUCCGUAUUUUUUCGUUUUUUGCUUCCAGCAGAAUUAUCAUCACAGUAUUUGUAGAGGGGGAAGAUGGAAGCAAAUAAGGAUUGUAAGAAGUUUAGGAAAUGUUGAAAUUCAUAACGCAACAACUUGACAUGGGGAAGUUCAAAUGUCUUUGUAAGCCUGAGAAUGGAGAGUCAAUCCCAGACAGUUUCUCGCCACCAGAAAAAUCACAACUCAUACCAUGCUGAGUAUCAUCGUGCUACUGUUAGAAGUCCAAGGUACCAGCUGCUUAUGGACGGUAAGCAAGAUAACAGCUAAAAGUGGGGGCUUCGUCACCAUUCCCUGUCACUACCACCGUCUGUACAGGGACGACCCUAAAUACUGGUGCAAAGGAAGAAACUGGUUAACUUGCACGAAAAUGCAAACCGUCGACCAAAAGGAGAAGCGGCCAGGCGUCAGCUUUCACAACAACCAAGAUGAACUGGUAAUAACCAUGACUCUGACAAACCUCAGCAGCAGUGAUUCAAACCGUUAUUGGUGUGCCGUGAAAAAGAGAGGUGUCCUCCGAUCAGACAUCAAGACAUAUCUAGAACUCACCGUCACUGAGGGUAUCCCAGAUCUGUCAGUGGCCAGCAGCAUGGUGUCAAGUGUAGAAGGAGGCAUUAUUACAGUCGAGUGUCUCUACAGUGAAAAACUCAGAGAUGCUGAGAAGAAGUGGUGCAGAAGCGGAGAUCGACACUCCUGUCAAACGGCUCAGGAUAUAAAGCCUUCACCUGACGCGGCUGUACAAAUAAACAAUACAAAUUAUGGAGUUUUUCGAGUUAUCUUAACAAGACUGAAGAAGACGUAUGCCGGCUGGUACUGGUGUAUGGCUGGGGGACUACAGGCCCCGGUUUAUAUUAACAUCACUUCUGUGCAUGACAGUACAACUGACACAAGACCCUCCUCAUCUACGGUGGCACCUUGGUCAUCCUACACUCCAAAAAACUUGUUUUCUGUUUAUCCAUCAAAACAUUCCUCCUCACCGACAUCUUUUGAUGUAAACAACCAUAAUACAGAAGCAACAAUGUCACCCACAACAUCCGUAUUACCUGAGACAACUUCACAUAAACCAUGGCAGAUAUCCACAGCAUCAUCAGAGCAGGUUUCCUCUACGGUACAGUCCUCAACCUAUCCAACCACAAAAAACAACAGCUCAUCUCAUUGUGGUGGAAUUACACUGCCAACCAGUAGAUCAGCUACUACUAAUGUUGAGAGUGGUAUCUCUGCAGCUAUAUCAUCUAAAUAUCUUAAAUCUGACAUUAAGGGCAGAGAUCGUAUGUGGGUGAUGGCGCUUUGUGGAGCAUUACUUCCAUUAUUGAUUCUAACUGGAAUUUCUUGGAAGCUGUGGUCAUGGCAUAAGAAAUCCAACACAAGAGAGGACGCCACACAAAUGACAGCAGAGGUCCAGACAAAUGAUGACAGAGACGAUCUUCUGAACAACGAGUGGACAGCUACGUCAGUUGCCUGGAUCAACACAGGCUCAGAUACUAUCAUAAUAACCCGUUGUGAAGAUAAGAUCUCUGGAAUUAAAAGAUAAAAACAGUCUUUCAUUUACACCAUGUGAUGUAGUGCUGGUACAGGGCCCCUUUUAUGUAUAGGCCUACAUCAUUUAAAAUAUAUUAAAAUUGUGAACGGCUUCUAUUAUUUUACACAAUUUGUAUUUGUAUGCUCGUUGUGUUUAUAUGUUGGAUGGAUGGACUUUGUCCAUUAAUUUGACCAAAAUGAAAGACUCUUAUUUUGAAGUGCCUCCCCAUAAAAGGCGAUUCCUCUGCGGAGGACGGCAACACGAUGAUAAAAUCUUCCAAAAGUUUGUGGUUAUGGAUAGAAUAUAAACAUUAUUCAUAAGGUUAGUUCAAUUAAAAGAAAUUGUUGGUUAUUUGGAUAAUGUUGGCUUGCAUUUAAUGCUUGAAAUCGCAAAAGAUAUAUCACAUCUUUGCAGCUUCCUCCUCCUCGGUUUAACUUUACAGCAUUUUGAGUGAAAGAAGCUGCUUCGAGUUGACCUAAAAUCCAAAGUAUUCAUACGUUGUUUUUCGUAUUUUCGUGCAUUUAUUAAUUAUUUUAUUCUAAAAGUAAACAUCCAAUCUCAACAUUAUCUGUGUUGUUAAGAGCGCCCACAAGAUGGCGCCCUCUCCAAGUAGUUAAUGUGCUUGGCGGCCAUAUUUAGUCAUAAAAGAACAAGUCCUAUAUAAAUAAACGGCAGAAGACUACUAUAGGUACAUCUUUUGGUAAGGUCACGAUAAAACAUUAAACUGGCCAUCAGUUGUACCAUACAUCCUGUUUCCUAAGCUCAAUUUGCAUUUACGAAACAUUUUCACACGUUGCUUCCGCUACUGCGCAAGCGCAACGAUUGACAAGUACCUAAAGUGAGCGUGGCACCUGUCUUCAUUCAUAGUCAUUCUACUGCGCUGUUUUGCUAUUAACUAUAGUCUUUGCUUUAACUAUCGCGUAUGAAUCAUUAACUUGCCUUAUUAAGGAACUUUAUUCACAAACAAAGCUGAUAUGGUGUUUGUUUUGUUAAAGGGAAAGUUUGUGCAUGCAUGAGUUUAUACUGGUGCAUUGUUUUAUCGGUAUCAUGGGUGUGUGGGUGUGUACUAGAGCAGUGGUUCACAACCUGGGGUCCGCGACCCCCUUAGCUGACAUACAUUGAUGUUAAAUAAAGUUGCAUAAAAUGUUCCAGUUAUCAUUUUAUAUAAAAGUCAUGUGCUGACAAUGCCAAGAUAAUGCAGUCAAGUUACAUCUUAUAUAAAAUAAUUAUUUCAAUUUCCGGCAAUUCAAAUGCGUGUGGUUUGGUGAUGUAUGAUAAUGAUGAUAUGAUUAAAGUCGAACUAAAAAUGA